AAGGUGACCUAGACACUGUAUACAGUGCAGUGAACAAUGACCUUAAUGUCAUUGUGCAUGGGAUGAUAUGCUUGUGUAGUUUACAAUACACAUGUGUGGAAUGACGGUUAAAUUCAUUCACUCAUUCAGCGAUUGAACGAAGGCUGAACCGUGUUAAACCAAGACACAAACAUGAUUUUACUGACGAAUUGGGGCAGAAAUUGGCUGUACAGUUACUGCUAAUUCUGAGAUAAAUUACUCAAAUUUUGAGGCCAGUUGUAACUUGCCCACUCUGCCAGUGACAGUGAGUCCAGUUUUGUCAACUGAAGGAAAUUGAUACAGUUUGGUUUGUCCACACCGAAGUGAAGGAUUAAUUGUUCCAGGGAAUUUUCAUCAUGAUGAAGUUGAGGAGUUCGCGUUUGGUGGCCUCCAGAGCGGCCCAGAAACAGGACGAAUCGCCAUUCUUGCCUCCAGCUUAUGAGGCGAAUGGAACCAGGCCAAGAUUAAAGUUUGAUUCACCGGAGAAGACCGAAGAGUGGCUGGCAUCCAGGGAAAAAACAGACUACACAUACUCCAGAAGUGCAAGUUACAGUGUGGACGGCCAGACCAGCGGCUACGAGAUUCCCAUCAUGUCCCGCGUGUCCAGGGGUUCCUUUCUGCGAGACACCAGCUCACCAGCAAGACGCAGCCAGCUCCAGGGAGAGGGGACGGCCAGCCCGAACCGGCGCAGCAGCCGACUGGCCCAAAAGCACAGCGUGCACGAUACUUCCGCCACAUCAAGAUUUAAUCAGUCGCAGACCCGUUCCCUCCAAGUGAGCCAUAGUGAAAGCCACAGCGAAAGCCACAGCGAAAGCCACAGUGCCACCAACCUGCAGACCGCGUCUUUCAACGGUCACUAUGAGGACGGGAGCCAAGAUGCGGUCUGGCCGUCGUCCACAUCAACCAUGGCGUCGUCAGCGUCCCGUCUGGCGCGAGGAACGAGGGACGCGACCGGGAGGAGCGGAAUGUACCACCAGGUCCAUCACGGCAGGGAGCAUUCUAUCAAUCAUAUGUACGGGCUGGAUGGACAUGAUGAGAGUGAAAUAUCAGAUACCGAAUCCAGUUCAGCAGUGACGUCAGGAGUAAGCAGUCGCACGUCGGGUAGAUGGGGCACUGUAGACCACGCCCACCACACCCACCACGCCCACCACGCCCACCAUGCCCAAUCCUCCACCUGGUUCUUCCCACUCACCAUCCUCACUACCAUCGUGACCUCGGUCGUGUCGGUGGUCACCACCGUGACCCACACGUCCUACACGUUUCUUGCCAGGGCCGUCUACGGCUCGUCCACGGGAAGUUCUGUGAGUGCUGCGUUCAGGACAGGCACGGUGUCUUCUAGAAUAGUUUAUGUGUGUUCCAGUCUGAUGGAGGUAGUCAGUGUAGCCGUGUAUCGCUGUGUGACGUAUCUCAUGUGUAUGGAUGUCUGGUGGCUCAUCUACACCAAAACGACAACUUUAGCACUCCUUGGAGGUCUAGCCUCAUUGCUGGGCCUAGGGUCGGCCAGUCAGACAGACAGUGCAGCCAUGACAUCGGCGAUGUUACUAGAGAAGAAGAGAAAGCGACGAUCCUGCUGUCUCUGUCUCUUACUGCUGCUGGGGACGUUAGCCUCCUCAUAUCUUUUGUUAGCAGUGGCCCCGCUGUUAAUGGCUGUAACAAGGAAUGAGACAAAGACUGACUCUCCUCUUCACACUGUGGAUGAGCAGCUUGGUCUACUAGUAGGCAAGAUCGGAGGGAGUUCCUCAGAUGACGGCGAUGAUGGAGGUGCAGCAGCAGCAGCAGCCUUCAUGGCCGGAGCCGGCUGUCUGCAGUGCCUUAAACAAGACGACCUCAUGGCCUUGAUUGGGGUCGUGGUCAACGGUCAACUGGAUGACCUGAAGUCCGAGGUCGCAUCUCAGAAGCAGCAAAUACUGGCUAUGCAACAGUUAAGCAGUGAUCAGGAAAUUCAAAUCAAGGACCUUCAGGAGCAGUUGGGCCAUCUGACUGCCGCCCAGGGACGGCCAAACGACCGCACGCUGCUCUACCUGAACACCAUGGAGGGUCAGCUGACAAGGGUCAGAGGUCAGCUGCGCAGUCUACAGCUGAGUAGACUGCGAGGGGAGCAGGACUCUGGAAGGGAGAGUACAGAGAGAUCAACGAUUAUCGUUGGUCUGAGUGACGACCUGCAGAUGCUUGGGAAGGAUGUUGCUGGAUUGCAAGCAGAACUAGAGAGCUUCCAUGCCCAGCAGGUGCUUGAAAUCAGUAAAGCUCAACAAGAAAGCAAUCAUUUGCAUGGCGAAUUGCACUCAGUUCAUGCAAGCAUGCUCUCCUGGGAGGAAAGACUAAGCGUGAACGUCACAUUUCUGGAAAUGAAACUCAAGGGGUUGCUCAAUGACGUAGAGCUACUGAAAUCAGACGGGAGGCAGAGCACGGCCAAGCUGGAAGGGCUCAUUGACAGAGCCAACUCCUUUGAGUCCGGGCUCUCAGAUGUCAGGGCCGAGGUUCGCAAUCUGAAAUCAGAGUUUGGGGACUUUCUUGCCAUGUGGGAGAAGCGAGAAAAAGCAGAGGCUGUGGAUUCUAGGCUGGAACUUCUGAGGAGUGAUUUUGCUUCUUUUAGAGUUUCCCACGGAGAUACCGAGAAAUCACUGAAUGAGCUACAGAACAAAUAUCAGACACUGAGUACUUCGCUUGGAGGGGUGCAGGCAGACGUUAAAGACUUACACUCCUCAGUGGAGGAUCUUGGAACCCAAAGAGUUGGAGCAUUAGAGACCGACUUCAAGCAGCUGAAUACAAAACUUGCCAAAUUAGACUCGGAUUUUAGCUCUUUGCAGGCUAACUUCCUGACCUUACAGGGUACUGCAUCUGGAGUGGUAGACCAGAACAGGCAGGAAAGUUUGGAGUUGAGCAUCUCACAGUCUCAAGAGCAGCUGAAUGUCUUUGUAACAGAUGUUGAUUCUCUGAAACUUCAGAUCAGACAGCUGAGAAGCCAAUUAGAGGAUGUCAGAGCGAGUCAUGAGGAGCAUAAAGUACAAGCAGGGGCAGCCUUCCAGGAACUUAGAUCUGACGUGGGGGAACUAAACAUUAAAUCUGACAGGAUGGUGGUGCUGGAGAAUCUUCAAGGCGAUGCCGAUAGCGACUCACUGGUCAAGCAGCUCUCAGAGGAGCUGGGAUCAGUGAGACUGGACCUGAGAAGGGUAGCAUCUCUUGAAGGAGACAGCAAUCUGGUCACUGAGGUGAACAGCUUGAGAGAGUCCCUGACCUCGACCAAAUCGCAGAUCAACUAUUUUGACACCACCCAAAUGCAGAUGAGCCGAACCUUCACAAGUAGCAUCUCGGAUCUCCGUGACAACAUCAGUGAGAUGAGCCGAGCUAUCGAAGACCAAAAGGCUGCAGCGAUUGGGUUCAAUGCAACCGUCGUCUCGCUGCAGCAAGGACAGGAUAAGCUAGCGGCAUUUGCAACGCGGAAGCAGUUGGAAGACCUGGAGAAAGAGAUGGUGAAUGUGAAGGCAACAAUCAGCAAACUUGCAGCAGCUCAGAGCGUCUAUGUGACAACAGGAGACGUCGAUUCUCUCAAGUCGCAGAUCACUGAUGUCAAAUUGCAAGUAAACAACAUACAAGUCCAGCUGACUGACAUGAGUGACUCGUACAUGGGUGAGGCGUCAUCCUACACCACCCUGGCAGCUGAUUUGGCCAAGAUGCAGGGUACCGUCAACCAGCUUGAGGCAAUGCUCUACGAUUCUGACAAGCAACCAAUCAGCCUCACACUCCUGGAGUCUAGGAUUAGCGACCUCACCUCCAUGGUCCAAGACAACGACAAGAAUCUGGCAGCCCUCCUUGCAGCUGGGGGCACGAGAGGAUCUACCGGCUCAAGUGAUGCAGUCAUCUUAUUACAACAAGACUUGGCUGCCAUCAGAUCUGACACAGAUCGCCUGACAGGGAUGAUGUUUCUCCAGGGGGUGGAUGGGGAAUCGACCAAUGUCAUGGCAGGGUUACUGGAUCGAACAGCUGCGUUGGAGGCUAGCAUGGCCCAGAUGAAGUUGGCCGGAGUCGGUGUCGGAGCUGGAGCCGACCAGGACAUCAGAAUUCAGAGACUUCAAAGUGAUGUCAACAGUCUCAAGGAGGACAUGAUGCGACAGAGUGCUCUUCACAGUGCAGGUGCUGGUCUUGGUGUUCUUGGAGCCAGCAUUCAGGAUGACAUGAAGGAAGCCAAGGCCAACAUUACCAGAUUGCAGGUGGACGUCUAUAAAUGCUGCAAGAACAAGACAGGUCUUCUGGGUUGGUGGAGUUCGCCUUGGUUCGGUGGAGGUCAGGGGUCAGCAGCCGAUGGUGUCAACUUCAGUGCCUCUGGUAACAUGGACGAGGAGGCAGUAAAGCACAUUGUCCUGAGUGCCUUGCACAUAUACAGCGCCGACAAGACUGGCAUGGUGGACUACGCAUUGGAGUCAGCCGGAGGGAGCGUCAUCAGCACUCGAUGCUCAGAGACUCACCACUCCAAGACUGCACUACUCAGUAUCUUUGGUAUACCUCUGUGGUACUUGGCCAACUCGCCACGCACAGUCAUACAGCCUGAUGUUCAGCCAGGUAACUGCUGGGCCUUCAAGGGUACCCAGGGCUACAUGGUCAUCCAGCUGGCAGGUAUCAUCAAACCCAGCGCCUUCUCCAUGGAACACAUCCCCAAAUCGCUCUCCCCAACAGGGACCAUAGAGAGUGCCCCCAAGGAGUUCAGUGUCUGGGGUCUACAGGAUGAAGAUGAAACUGAAGGUGUGCUGCUAGGGGAGUACGUCUAUGAUCAAGAUGGUUCACCGCUGCAGUUCUUCCCUAUUGUGAGAGAUGAUGUUGAACCCAUACCGGCUGUCGAGCUGAAGAUCCACAGCAACCAUGGCAACUUGGAGUACACAUGCCUGUACCGCUUCCGCGUGCACGGCACCUUGGAUCGACGGUAGCAAAUCACCCACGCUGGCAGAUUCUCUAAAGGUAUGUCCAAUCUGGGCUGCCGUUAAGGAUGCACAAUAGCGCCCUCUAGUGACAACAGAGCACUGGCGGCGUUAAAAAGAUUACUGUACAAGUGCAUGGGAGCUAAGCUCUGGCCAGUCUCGGGCCAGUUUAGUUGCUUAGUGGAGGUACUUCAAAUUUAUGUGCUAAGCCAGGCCCUGCGAAUUUAUGUGCUAAGCCAGGUCCAGUGGAGGAUCAGUGCUGGACCAGUCACAUGCAAUAAACAUCACGUGAUAUUUUCACUGUUAAUAGGUUUUUGCUGAGCGAAUCUUGUUUUGUGCUUUGCAGCUAUAUGGAGUUACCUUGCCUACCAGUUUGUAAAACAAGAGAGUUGGUUAAAAUGUCGGAGACAUUACUAAAAAAAUUAUUUCUUUUUUUACUGUCUACUUACAUAGUUAAACAAAAAUUGGUGAGGAAGAGAAUGAAUCACUGCAAAAAGCAAAAUUAACAAAUACGCACGGAAAUCAUUUGAUAAAAAAAAACAUCAGCCCCAUUUUUGGAGCCGAGUUUGUUUUCCUUCGUACAAUUAUUGUGGAAUCCCACCGGAUUUUUUAUAACGCCCAUAAGGUGUGCCACAAAUCGUGUACAUAUGUUUUUGUGAAAAUGGUGUUGAAGAUUAAAAGUAUCACCAUUUAAAAAAAAAUAAUGAAGUAACUAUGACAUUGGUUAUUAUGUAAAAUAGAAAAUGCGUAAGAUUAAAAAUGUAAAUAUUUGUUGUCCAAUGCCAAGCAUUGAAUAUGUUCUUCCACUAUAGAUUUAUUAGAAGGUAGUGUGUGCUGGUGUUUUUUUGGGGGGGUUGUAUUGGGAGUUGUGGGGCAUUGGUAGUUUUUGUUUAAUUGAACUUUAUUAACUUAGAGCGUUCAAAGCAGUAGCAUAGCCAAGAAGAUGCAGAGUGCAACGGGCUAGAGAUUUUAACCACUUCGCGCCGGGAUUGUUUUUGCUGAAAAUUUUGAUUUUCGUAGAAGCCAAAAUUUCCCAGCCAAAUUCUUAUGUACAGCCAAACACCACAAAUACUGAUUUGCAAGAGUCAUUUCAACAGUAUUUGUACGAUAUUUCUCGACGAAAUCUCAUAUACUCCGGGUGUGCACUGAAGUGUAAACUGUACAACAAUAGGCCGUGCACAACGGCCAAUUCAAGAUCAACACACAGUCCGCCUCCACAGACUUCACUUGUGUGAGUAUAAGUGUACAAAGGCACGAGGGAUUAGCGUGUUUAGACGUCACCCGGAGGCGAGUCGAGGCAAUCUUGACGUCGUAACCCGUUGGCCAUUCCUGUGUGUAAAAACAGCCAGUGCAUGUUAUCACGUCCCCCGACACAAACUGGCUAAAAGCAACAUCAGGACCUUGAUAUAAGCAAAUCAGGAUGGCAAAAAUGGAUUAACAGGACAAUUCCAUUUAGCAUGAGGCAAACAAAAUCUAGGAUACACACCUGAUUCAAAGUUGAUUGUCGACAACUGAAAUAUGCCCUGGUUCGUCACUCACCUACUUACACAUCGUCCAUUGGCCGAUAUAAAUGGAAUCAAGUACAAUCCAUACACAGGCGUCACAGAAAACAAAAACCACUGUGCGGUGUUCCAAGCUUACCUGUAGGUUUCAGGUGCAGUAGCAUGGCCAAUUUACAAAUGCAGAUCUUUUCAGUUAUUUUGGGGGGUCGUAUUAAAGCUGUGAUGGAGCUUUCUUAGUUUUGUUUCAUCACAAGAAAAAUGUUUAUUUUUGUUUUUAGGUUGGUAACAGUAAUUAUUGGAGCCAGUGGGAAUUUCCCUAACAAUGCAAAUACUCACUUUAUUCUUUUGGUAGCGUGUUUUUAAAGUUUGACAGAGACGCUGUUGUACAGAUUUACUUAAAAAAAGGAAACAAAUUGGACAGUUGUAUCAUACCUUUGUUUGGGAAGUAUUGUAUUGGUUAUCUUUGCUGAGGCUUCACUAGCAAAUAACUUCUGUCUUUUUUGGCAGCAAAUGGGCAUUUGAGUGAUAAAGAAUAGUGCGUUUGGAUCCCCAGCUGAAUGAAAUUUAAAAAUAUGCACAGACAAGUUCACUGUCUUUUCCUUGCAUCAAAUAUGAGUAUCAGUAUAUAUCAGAAUCACUGGUCCUGAAUGAUGCUAGUGUCAUUUUCAAACUGCAUGUAAGCUAUUUGUGGCCACACUGACUUGCCAAAAACUAAUGUUUAAUAGUAACAUUAUUAUUCAUCAGCAGUGUACAUAAUUCAAUGCAUGUCACACAAGCCAUAACAGUUUUUGUUUGUACGGUAAAGUAAAAGUAAUAUCAUAACUACACUAGUGCAGAUGAAGAUGAGGUUUCCAAAAAAGUAGUUGAUAUUUCAGUUGAAAUAUUUGAAUUUGUGGUGCUGUUCAGUUCCUUUCAUCUCCAAAGAAAAUCAAGAUUCAGUAGUUGGCAAUACGAAUAUGCAACAGCGAAGGUUUCAUAUCUUAUGGACAAUCAAUUGCAUAUAUUUCCUAGUUUCAAUUGAAACAUUUAUUUUAAUUUUGAUAACACCAAAAGUGAUUGAAAUAUUUACAUUUAUACCCAUUACAUGUUGCAUUUUUAAAAGAAAUUCCCUAAUUUCCUGAAAUUCAUCACCAUACCAGUGUCGAAUGGCACAUUCUGUGUAAGAAAAUGAAGACAUCCAGUCCCAGUGUAUCAAGUUAUGGUGCUGUGGCCCCGAAGCCAUUAAAAUCAACACAAAAUUGUUGCGUCGGUGCAACAAGGUCGUAACUCGAUUCUGCAACAAAAUCGUAUCUCACACGAAUGCGGUCCGUGCAACAAGGUCUAUCUCGCGUAUCGUGACGUUCGUUGACUCUGUGCGUAGAUCCGGGUUAUGUAAUAUGUAAGAUACGACAUUUAGACGUUGAAAACUUGCGUUUCACAUACAUGACGUCACACGCCAUUUUAGGGAGAUAUAGGACCUUGUUGCACGGACACGACAAAAUGGGAUAUAGAUUUUGAUGGUUUUGGAGGGUUAAAUAUAAUAGCACAUGUAAUUACAGACGGUAACAAAAAGGCAGACGCUUAAUCAAUCAGACAUCUGAAAUAAUCCAUUGAAUGGUUUCAAUAAUUAUUAAAAUCAAUGCUUAUUGAAAUAUUAAUUAUAUAAAAGAUUGUAUCUUCCCUCGUGAAAUAUAAGAACAUUAUGUUGGUAAAUUUUGUUUAAAGCAGAAGAAGUGAAAGUGUUCAAAGUGAAAUUUGCGACAGAAUGUACUUCUGUAUUAAAACAGUGCUUAUUUGUUAUAUAAUUUGGUGUGAUUUUUCUUUGUACAAAGGUUACGGAUUGUUUGUGGAAUUGAGAAACUUAAGAAUAGAAUUUUCUAGAAAUUAUACGAUGUUGAAAUUUAUUUUGAUUGUUUAAUUUUGAAAUAUAUUUUGUGAUCAGAAAGCAAAUAAGCGCUAAGUGUUGAAUGGUAUAUAGUUUAGACUUCUAUUAGUGAAGGAUUUAAUUUUUGAUGCACAUUUGAGAAAUGUAACUUACACACUUGUCGGAUCUUAGAGAACAACUUCAUUUCGUUAAAAUUUAUCUCCAUAUGUGUAUGCAAUAGAGUUUAACAACCAAAGGUGACAGUAGUAUGUAAGGGCUUUCUUUCAUGACUAGUACAAUCAGGCUUAUUGGUAAGAAUACAGAACUCAGCUUGCCUUAUUAGUUAUUUUGUCCAUAAAUGUGAUACUCCUAGGUGCAGUAUAGAUGUAAAUUAGAGGCUUUCUCCAAAGACAUUGGCAAAGAUCAAACUUUUGUAUGAGUUGUAAAUAAGUUAUUAAAGAAACAUUUUGGGAGCAUUUUUGAAUAGUGGCCUAAAGUGUAUUAGUCAUU